CCAUAUGCGCAUGCGUAUUCAUCUGUGGAGUGGUAAUGUCAAUGCACUAAGGCGCGACGUGUAACUCAAACUUUCCGCCCCGCCUUUUUUAUGCAUAUAUCAGCGGAUGUCCUGUGCCACCCUCGUAUCUACUGAGAAUGAGAUAAUUUAGGUCUUUUUAGUUCGUAGCAACCUUCGAGGAAUACCGCUAUACCAAUAAUUGAGCAAAGUGUUUACCAAUGGACUGAACAGUUCAAAAGUGAUCAAAUGAGUGUGAAGGAUGAGGAAAGAGCAGAGCAUCCAGGUACAGCCACAACUGAUGCCUAUACUGAAUAAGUCUGUGCCUUUGAGUAACAGGCAAAGCUGUUACCCUACAAUACCAUAGAAAAAAGAUAAAAUUCCUCCAACAAUGCAGAUCCGUUGGUACAAGAAACGCAUAACUGCUGUUUCUAUUGCAGCAAUUGUGCUUUAUUUUAUCUUUCGUUCUCAAGAGCACAGCGCCAUUUUUAAAAUUAUCAUACGAGAUACUAAACCAGCUGAUGUCUGGGAGUAUGUUGCUGAUUUUAGUAACAUGAAGAAGCUCAAUCCUACAAUUGUAGACUUCAGCAUUUUGACAGAGAGUGGUAACUAUGAUCACUGGAAAUAUUCUGCUGAAUAUAAAGAAUUUCUGCCACAUGCACCAUUUAUCCACCACUCCACUCAUGCUGACUUUGAGGUACGACAAGAUGGAGAGUCUUACAUAAUCAACUCAAAUCAUAGCACAUGCUUUUUUAAGGGUGUGGCUUGCUUUCCUGCAACAUCUGAAUUCAUGUUUUCCAAAUUAGGGCCAAAUACUCUCUGUGUUGAGCGGGUGACUUAUAAGUGCCCAUUUUUGUUUGCAAGAAUGUGUCAAAAAGAUGUGGAUUACCAGAGAAGUUCAGUAAUGCGAAAUUUGGAGAAACAAUUCACAGUUAAGAAAAAAGUUAAGAAAAGCUAGAGGAAACAGAUGUCUUAACAAUUAUACUGGAAACCGUAUGGUUACGUAGCUGAACAACACUGAUUAGUUUGUGCUGCCCUACUUACCUCUAUAAUUUUUUAUGUCAGCUAUGAUGUAUGACUGAGAAAGUCAGUUGAACAGAAGACAAAGGUGCUUUGAAAAAUAUAAUUUUAAUAACAAAAAUUAUCAUAGAAUUAGUAUGUUAGAGACUUUUCAGUAUUUCAUGUUAGUAAGUGUCACUAAUAUUUUUAUAUAAAUUUUUGUACUUGUGCAUAAAAUUUGUAUUUAUAUUAUGCAUUUUUAGUAUUAAUGUUUACAGCAUAAUUAAAUGGUUUAUUGUA